GCGAAGACAUCAAAGAUCUGUUUAACAGACCUGAACGGACUCGAUACUCGAGUAUGCGUCGCCACCUUCCUCACCGCCGCGCUGUGACGAUCCUACCAAUGCACCAGCCUCACCUCCAACACGCUACUGUUUUCCUGUAAAAUCAACAGCAGAUAAUAUAGAGAAGCGGCGGUUGCUCGUAGCCCAGCGUCUCGGUUGUCAGAGUCGAACAUUAGCGCAAAGAAACACGAGGGAAGAAAACGACUUUGCGUUCCGCGGAUACGUAGCCAAGCGGCAGCGACGGCAUGGACCAAACAAAGUACAGAUUUCGCAGCCGAUUGAGACAGUGAGUGCAGGAAGCGCCUCAAGUAAUACGUCACCUUUGUUCGAAGACAACGAGAAGAUCCCUAAUUUCUUAACUGCUGAAUCCAAGCUCGAGAGGAUGGUUCCACUGCGAAAGCAAAGGAGAUAUCGAUUUACUGGUCAUAGUACAUCUGUGAACGAGUUGCAGUGUCCUUGGUGACGAUGGCCAGCGGUUCGUAUCAAGUGCUGGUGUUACGCGGCACGAUGCAAGUAACCAAACGCUGCUAGUAUGGGAUUUACGUUCCACAACACUUCUUUACGACCGUCUUAGCGACAACAUGCUGGCUCAUACAUGUUUACGAGCGCAUCCAAGUAGACCUUACUUUGUAGCGCAGUGCAGCGGCAACUACGCGACUCUCUAUUCAACUAGUGCCCCGUACAAGCGCCGGAAAGGUCCCAGCAUUGGCGGACAUCGCCCUCCACUUCGAUUUUCUGGACAUCAUGAAGUUGAAGGCUACAAGAUUCAGUGUAACUUCUCAAGUGAUGGAUCGCUUUGGGCUUCAGAAGAUGCAAAUGGGCACAUUGUGACCUAUCGCACCACAGGCAACCGUGGGCUGGAGGACAGCUUUCACCUCUAUAAGCAACGCGCGGGUUGCAUUUGUGCAGAAUUUAAUCCGUGAUCAGAAUUAUUGAGCUCCAAACAUUCUCUCCUUAUUGGAAGUAGUGCGGGUGAUUUCGAUCUGUUUCACUAGAAUAGGAAAGCACAGUGUUAACAUUGUGUGAGCUUCAUCUUUUUGUUUACUUAG